GUACAGUAAACAGUGAUUAAACUCAGCAGUCUCUGACUUGCUGCUGAUUUUGUGCCGCGAGUUUUUGUUUUCCAGCUGACUACUUCAAAUAUGUGUUUAUGAACUGCGACUUGUUUCGUCUGUCGCAGCCUGAUUUAGUGAGAUAUUUCCCCGCUUCGUUACUUAAUAGCAGCCAGAAGAUGUCUGCUGAUAAAGACGAGGAGCAGCAGAGGUUGAAGGCAGCAGUCCAUCACACCGCGGCUCGUCUGUGUGUGAAGAUGGGAGAGGACCAGCGGAGGCCGUUCAGCAGACAGGUCGUAGCAGCGAUAGCAGAGACAACCUUCAGACAGUGUGAUAUAUUUGCUAAAGACCUGGAGGCCUUUGCAAGACAUGCUAAAAGAAGCACAGUGUCCUCAGAAGAUGUAAAGCUUGUGGCCCGUCGCAGUACUGCAUUGUCCAUCUACAUACAAAAUAAAAGUGAAGAACUGAACCAGGAGCAGAGGGAUUUGAAAAAGAAGAGUUCUGGGAAGAGGAAGAGCAGAGACACUGAGGAGGAGAGCAGAGAAUAAGGACAAGACACAGGCCGGCCGGCAGCCUCUCACUUGUGCUCAACAUUCAAAUAAACAUGAAGGCUGACUAAAACAUGACAGAAAGUUAAGAGUCAUCAAAGGUGUCAUAGUCAUGCUGUUAUGGGAAAUAUGCAUUUCAACGUUCAAUGAUUCUACAGCAUGCAAUUAUAUUUUAUAUAUUACAAUAGUUUUAUGUACACUUUCUACAGAUUUAGAGAAAAUAACUUCUGACUGUUAUCUGUCCUGGGACCUGCUGAUGCAACGUCAAAUUCUAGUGCAUUUGGCACUGGUUUGACAUACAACAGUAAUAAAUUAUCAUUUUUGAACUUAUUGGAAAGUAGGAACUCUGCUAAAUUAUAUUCCUGCCUUGUUUCUCCAAACUAACACAGAUGUUCUAAAUAUGUAUUUUUCACUUGGGGAAAUCUCAAAUGUACAGUUAAGACUGCCUAGCAAACUAUCCAUAAUGGACACUUCAUUAGG